AUGUCUUACAAACACGAUGACCAUGACGAUAUCAACGACAGAGGUAGAUCAUACCUGGCCGACGCACCAGACGACUGCGACAUUUCCGAUUCAGACACAGCUGUCGAAGAAAGUAUCGAGCCUUCCGGUUCUGAAUUCGGAUUUCAACCACAGGCGGGUCCAUCUCCUAAAGAUGAUAGUAAAAAAGUUCUAUAUUAUCCUGAACUGAGGCGCUUUGAUUCCGAUGGUAAUCUAUCCAUCGCAUCCCUGGAUCGGAUCUUCAUGACCAUCAACGGCAUGUUCUUUGAGACAAAACUUCCACAUCCAAAGUUUACUCGAAAACAUGCCAACGACCCUGACCUCACUCCAGAAGUGAGCGUCCCUCUCAAGUCCAAUCUCAUACUCACCGCCUUUCUCAAAACCACUCCCGUUAUCGACAAACAAAUCAGACGAAACUCGAAGGUUCGUUUGGUCGAUUUUAGUAGAUCGCCCAGCAUCAUUCUUCCACCCGGUGGCACAUAUGAUGAUCAAGUGGGCUUUCUCCUAGAUGCAAUGAUCGAUCUCUGGCAUGGCUACGCAUGGAAAGGUAUGCGAGAUAACUUAAUCACUUUGAACGACGGGUGCAUACAAGAGCGAACUUGGGCAGACGAUCGGGAGAUACCUGCCUUGAUUGAGGAUGUUGAGAAGCAUUUCGGCGUGCAGAUACGUCUGAGAAGAAUUACUAUGCCGGACCCUAAGAAGUCGCUGCUUGAGGAUAGAGAAGAACAAUCAAAGAACAUAUCACGUUUGGCAGAAGCGUCAAAGAAGAGAUUUAUCAGAUUCUGA